UAGGAUAUCCACAGAAAAAGAAAACAAAAGAAGACACACAUUCUCCAGUCUCUCUCUCUCACGCACACACAAAUAGUCUACAUUUAGGCCGCUCAGAUUUUUUUCCUCUCCUCUUAGGUUUAGGCAAAUGUGGAAAACUGAGGAUAAAAGAGCGAUUGGUUUUGCUAUAAAAGGGAAAGUGGACUUUCCUUUCUUGACAUGGGGCUUCUGUUCCCAAUUCUUCCCUCCCUCUCUCUAAUUGGUGGCUUCUUUUGAUAUUUUCGAUUCCAUAUAGGAUAUAUUUUUUUCUUGUUUGGAAGCUGGUGUUGUGCGUGAGGAGUUGAGCUCAACAGUGGUGUUAAGCUAAGAGUACAACUGUUUCUUACUCAGCGCACGAAACAAAGAACAUCUCCUGCAGCUCCUCACCCUCUCACUCCAGUACCCAAUAAGGGUUGCUUUUUGCUCACUUAAUCCUCCUCCUGAUUUCCUUGGAAAAAAAUUGCACCUGCCGGCGACCACACCGACCACUUUUUGCGCCUCUUUCCUGUGCCCGUUUCUAUUUAAUACUCUCUUUUCCCAUUGCUGCAUAAAAUUAUUUGCCAAACCCACCUGCUCGUGGUACCACACUACUAUUGCAACAUCUUUGAUGUUCUUUUCCCUCUGGGUGUAAUUAUCAAGGCGAUCGAAAAGAAAAAAUGGCGAGAGAGAAGAUCAAAAUCAAGAAAAUCGAUAACAUCACGGCGAGGCAGGUGACCUUCUCCAAGAGGAGACGAGGGCUUUUCAAGAAAGCUGAAGAGCUUGCUGUUUUGUGCGAUGCUGAUGUUGCCCUCAUAAUCUUCUCAGCCACUGGCAAGCUCUUCGAGUUCGCUAGCUCAAGCAUGAGUGAUAUCCUUGGAAAGUACAAGUUACAUUCAAGUAACCUCGAGAAGACUGAGCAACCAUCGCUUGAGCUUCAGCUAGAGAAUAGUUGCCAUGUUAGAUUGAGCAAGGAAGUUGCUGACAGGACUCAUCAGCUAAGGCAAAUGAAGGGUGAGGACCUUCAAGGGUUAAAGAUAGAGGAGCUGCAGCAGUUAGAAAAAGUGCUGGAAGCAGGACUAACCCGUGUGCUUCAAACGAAGGGUGAACGCAUCAUGAAUGAGAUCAAUGCCCUUCAAAAGAAGGGUGCAGAACUGUUUGAAGAAAAUAAGCAACUGAAGCAAAAAAUGGCAAUGCUUUAUGAAGGGAAGAGGCCAGUGAUUCCAGACUUGGAUAAGGAUAUGCUGAUUGAAGAAGGCCAAUCUUCAGAGUCCAUUACCAAUGUUUGCAGCUGCAACAGUGGCCCUCCUCCGGAGGAUGACUGCUCAGAUACAUCACUCAAACUAGGGCUACCCUUUAACUAGCCGACGGUGCACAGCUUAUGGAGACCUACCUUUAAAAACUACUAGUAAACAUGGAUCAAGAAAUGGAGCUCUCUCCAUCUAUAUGUCUAUAUGUUACCAAGAUAGUGGUAAGCCUAUGAAGUAUUACUCCUGUCAUAAAUUAAGAGUCUGCUGUGUAUGGCUCGAUUGCCUCCAAAGCCCUAAGGUGCAGUAAAAAAGCUCGUGUUGCUUGCACCUGCUUCAACCAGAAUCAAGAUUUGUACUCUUUUGUAUGAACUUGCUUCCGGGCUUCAGCUGAAAAGUUAAUCCUAAUAAUAUGAAAUGCUGCUGGUAGAACUAUUUAUCUAGAGAUGACAUGAAACAACUACUGCAGUGAAAGGCUACUGGUCCUUUUUUCUUAAACCAGGAAUUAAUAUAUUUCCUAGCUUGCCUGGAUUCCACC